AUCAUGUCAAUGUCAAAAGUAUCAAAAAGUUGUGCGUUUAAGUAGGAAGGCGCUCGUAAAUUUAAACAUGAUACCCCACUCUUUCAAUCAUACUAUAGAUCAUCUUAGAUCUCAUGGACAAGUGAGCAGCAUGCUAUUUUCAAGCUUUUCUAUUUUUGUCAAUACAUAGUACUACAUCAUGAUUGGAAGUAGUAGUAGGAGGUGGAGUAGUAUGAUGGAAGGGGGAAUACUAGUAAAUAAGUAAAGAGGAAACGCAAGAGAGGAUUCAGUCUAUAGAACAAUUAGAUUCUAGUUUAUCGCUAAACAUUGCAAAAUUUUUUAUUAAAAUCCCUAUUACGAUAAUUAUGUGAAUUAUUCAAAUUUGUGAAUGACAAAUAAUAUUACGUAUUUUAUGUUAUACAAAACUGUGAUUUAUCUUAAAAAUUUUUUAAACAAAUAACUAAAAAUGAGUGCUAUUGUUAAACUAUUAUUGUGCGCUAUAUUAUGUGCGAGUGUACAGGGAGUGUGCAGACGUAUGAAAAAUGAGGAUAUGAUUGAAUACUCUUGCAUGGGUGGUCAACUUUCUGAUUUAAAUAAUCUUCCAAUUUCGACAGGGAAAAUUCGAAUUUCUAAUAUGCCUAUUCGUCGAAUAACUGCAAAUACAUUUUCAAGAUUCGGUUCGGAUCUUUGGGUCCUAGGUUGUUCCCAUUGCGGCAUAAUAGAUAUAGAACCAAGAGCUUUUGAACAUUUAAAUAAUCUUCAACAAUUAAGCUUAAAUAAUAAUCAUUUGACCAUUGUAAAAGAAUCCUGGUUCAAAGGUUUGGAUUAUUUGACAUAUUUGGAUUUGAAUUACAAUAAUAUAGAAUCUAUCGAGGAUGGCGUAUUCUUAAGUUUACCCAGUCUUGUUGACUUAAGAUUAUCUGGUAAUCGUUUAGAAUGUUUGAAUCUUGCAGCUAUGUCGCAGUUGAAAGAUUUAAAAAGAAUAUUUCUUAGUGAAAAUUCUGAAUUUAAAUGUCCAAACGCUAUUAGUAUUUAUCUUGAGGAUCGUGGAAUAAAUUUUGAAAAGGAUCCAGAAUGGAGUAGAUUACCAAAUGAUUUAAUUCCAGUAACAAUCCCACUUGAUUAUGAUGAAAUAACAACUAUAAAGAUGCCGGUACAAUCCUAUUCUGGUUAUCGUGAAAGAUUACAUCCAAUAACAACAAUACCAACAUCAACUAUGACAUCGACAUUACAAUAUAUUACACCAAAAUUUCAAACAACUGAAGAAGUAAUUUAUCGUCCAUACAAUAUUCCAAAUUGGAAAACAACUUUCAAAUCAUCCACGAUUCGCUAUGAGGAUAAAAUAAAAAUUACACAAAGUCCGUCAUAUGAAUACACAAGAGCACCAUAUAUUUCACAAAAAAUUGCACCAAUCGAAUCUACAACAUAUGUAUCAUCACCGCGUGAAACGAUGCAAAGUAAAAGCCAAGAUACAACGACCUUCAGAUCUUGGCCGAGUUUCUCGGAAUCUACUAGUGCCAGAAUCGAAUAUCCCGUAUAUCCACCCCAUAAAAAUGAGGAUAAACAUUACACAAAAGAACCAGAUUAUUCAAGUCCAAUAGACUUAUUCUCUUUGGCAUCUAAUCAAGUGGGCCAAAGAAGCACAAGAAGCUGAACGUCUAAAUAAAAUGCUAAAAAUCGAGAACGAGGAAAACGCAGCUGCAAAUAAUUUGGCUUUAGCAAUUCAGAAUUGCAACGAGGCUCGAGCAAGUCAAUCUGAUAAAUUUUUCGAUUCUUUAAUUGAUAAAUAUGCAAACAUGGCUAAAAAAUCGACGACGAAGAAGAAAAAUAUGUCUGUAAAAACUGCAAAAAGUCCGAAAACUUCCAAAAGUUCAAAAUCUCCAAAGAAAACUAAGAGGAAGGCGUAGAAUAAUAUAAUUAUUGCAAGAAUCUCCUUCCAAAUUAGAAUAUUUGCGCGAUUUUUGUAACUAUAAUUAUUAAUCAUCGAUAAGCGUACCAUUAUCCGGUACAUCAAUUAAAAGAAGACGAAAAUGAUCAUAUGUAAGUUUUGUAAAUUCAAAACGUGUAUAUCGUCUUCUUAAACCAUCAUAUUAAUUAUGCGGAUCAAUAAUUAAUUUCUUUAUAAUUUUAUGUAGAUAUAUCAUGUUCAAAUAUAAAAUUGAAAUUAACUGUUUUUAUAUUUAUUAUAAAAAAUGUGAAAUAGCAUAAUAUAUUCAGUAAUAAAGAAAAAGAAAAGUUACUGAAAUCAUUAAUAUUUAAUUAAUUAUUCAGUUAAUAUUUAGUUAAUUAAAUAUACAGUUAUUGUAAUAACUGUAUAUAAAAAAAACUGUAAAUAAAAAAAAUAUAUUUCACUUGAUUUAUUGAAUUUAUUUUAAUUUGAUAUAUAUAUUUCAAAUUUCAAUAAUCAAUUAUUGGAUAAAUAUAGCAUAAUUAUCAUUAUACGGUAAUGGUAACUUAUACUCUACUUUAUCGAUCUAAUUUCUAGAUUUCUUUCAUAUCAUACUUGUAUGGUAAAACAUUCUCAAUAAUUCUCAUUUAUUUUUAUUUAUUAUUUAAAAAUUUAUUGUAAAUAAAUAAUAAGUAAAUA